AAUUAUAUAAUUGGGAUGAUAGUGGUCCACCUUAGAGUUUAGUGGUCUUCUUAAGAUAAUAAUAGUAAUCCAAAUGUCAGAAAUGGUCAAACCGGGUUGAUCCAAGGGCUAUAAAAUUGAAAGCACCAACUCCCUUAUACCUUUGAAAGUAUAGUAGCUCUUCUCUUAGCAUAUUUAUUUUAAUUUACUUGAUUAUGGUAUUUGGCAAUACCUCAAAUGGAUAUUAAAUUGCCCUUCAAGUCUUUUUUUUAUGAUAAAAUAAAUCAAUUCAUAAGUGAAAUAUACUAUUUUAUCAUAUUAUGAAUAUCAAGGCUCUUCAAAUAACUAAUAUUAAACUCAUACUCGGCCCCCUCCUCCCCCUCUCCGUCGCCAAGAUCCUCCGCGCCCUCGCCCACUCCGAGAACCCCGGCCUCCUCUUCCUCGGCAAGCAGUUGCAAGUUGAACUCGAUGAGAGUCGCAAAAGAGACGAUCUCAUCCUUGCCAAACAGGCAAUUGAUGAUGACUGCAACCAAACAGGACAAAUGGUAGCCGGACUGCUUAAGUGGUCACAAGCAACCUUGGCCUCAAAGGUAAUAUUGGAUAAGGAAAAACAAGAAGUAACAGUUGAAAGAGAGGUGGAUGGCGGCCUUGAGACACUUUGCUUGGAUUUGCCAGCGGUAAUAACGUAAGUUUCACGUUAACUUUCCUUUGUUGUUCGUUGUUUGAUUGAAUUGUCAUCUACCAUUUUGAAGGAAAUUAAAGUGCCGUUUCAUAGUUAUGCCUUAAUUUUCCUUUGUUAUAAAAGUAUUUUGCUUCUCUAUUAUUGUUUGUUGUGAUUAAAUUGUCAUCUACAGAUUUUAAGGAAAUUAAAUUACCAUUUCAUCUUUGCAACCAAAUGAUGUGAUUAAAGGAUUCAAUGUUAUACUGAAAAUGAAAACAUUUUUUUUGUAGGCAAAAUAAUUUCUCUAGUCUAUCUAUUGUAAUUUAAUUGUUUAAUAAUUCAUUAUUGGAAUCAUGAUUGAAGAUCCUCAUGAUCUUUAGUCAUGAUGUUGCUCGAAUCUUUAGAAAAUUGAGUUCUAAAAUAGACCCCUGCGAUUGCUCCCUCUAUAGCAGCCGCUACAGACGCCAUAGUGGCCGCUAUGAUCCCAGUCAAGGUUUAAAA